GCUAUAGCAUCUACUGAGAAGGGUAUCAAAGCUCAACAUUCUUUCUCUUAAUCAGAAAAAUACUUGAUAUCGAAGCUCAAAUGGCGUUUCUAUACAGAGAAAAAUGGCUCUAGAACAGUAUGUUUAUAACCCCUUAUUAGUAGGUGUUAUAGUUUUAAUUUUUACAUGGCUGAUUAUUUACUUUUGGAAUAAUAAUCGAAAGCUUCCUCCAGGACCUUGGGGAUUACCAUUCAUUGGUUAUUACCCAUAUAUCUCCGACAGGCCACACGAAGACUUUUUUAAACUAAGUAAAAAAUAUGGGAAUGUAUUUAGCUUUCGCACACUCGGAGGAAGGUUGAUCAUCAUUCUGAAUGGCACAAAAGUCAUUAAGGAGGUUUUGAUUAAUAGAGCGGAUGAAUUUAUUGGAAGACCUUAUGGAAACAAUGUAAUAACUUUGAUGUCCGAUGGAAUUGGAAUUACUCAAGAGGAUGGUAUACCUUGGAAAGAACAGAGACGUUUUUUCAUGCACAAUCUGAAGAAUUUCGGCGUCGGCAAAGCAGAAAUGGAAAAUCAUAUUGCAGAUGAAGUCCAGAGCAUGUUAAAAAUCCUUCGUAAGAACACUGGAAGGUCUACUGAGAUACUAGCUCAUUUGGCUUAUGCCACAAACAGCUUCGUUUCUCAGAUUUUAUUCAGCACAAAACUUGACAGAAAUGAUCCUAGAAUGCCGAAAAUAUUGCGCAGUGGCCAAGGCCUUAGAGAACUCUUUAUUGGAAGAGCGAAUUACCUUGUAGGAUGGAUUCACGACUUGUAUGCAACCAUAUUGCCAACACAACGUAAAGCAAUUAAAGACAGAGAUUAUUUGAGGACGAUAACGGAUGCUUUCAUAGAUGAACGUCUUACAUCUUUCGAUCCAGAUCAUAUCCGGGAUUAUGUAGAUGUCUAUCUGUCUAAACGAAAUGAACUUCUUAAAAGUGGAAAACUGAACGAGUCUUCCUUUUCAAUGGAAAGACUGCGAGCGAUCAGUUUUAACCUUUACAUCGAAGGAAUGGAAUCAGUUAGCACUGCCAUCAUGGGCAUGUUGGUCGAAUUAAGCAAGCAUCUAAGUGUGCAAUGUGAAGCCCAAAAGGAAAUGGACAACGUUGUAGGACGAGAACGUCUUCCUUCAUGGUCAGAUCGUUUAAAUUUGCCAUAUUUAGACGCUACUAUACAGGAACUGUACAGAUUCGCUGCUCCGUUUCUUAUUACAACGCAGUAUUCAAAUUUCGAGGAAACAACUAUUGAAGGCUAUAGAAUUCCUCGUCGUAGUGUCAUUGUAUCGAAUCUAUGGUCGGUGAAUUUAGAUCCUGAGGUUUUUGAGGAACCAGAAAAGUUCAACCCACGAAGGUACCUGAAUUCAGAAGGCAGAAGAAUAAAAAUUUCUGGUCCAUACCCUUUCAGUUUAGGAAAGCGAUCAUGUGUUGGAGAGUCAUUUGCGCAAGUAGAAGUGUUUUUGAUCAUAGCUUCUCUUCUUCAGAAUUUCGAAUUACAUCCCGGAGAUAAUGAAGAAAGCUUGAAACUAGUAGAAAGAUAAUUUCAUUAUUGUGUAGGAAUUCUAAGCCAGAAAAAUAUGGAUAAUCUUUUGAAUAAGUUUAAAUUCAUUUUAUAAAAGCCUUAUUCAUGUUGAAUAAAAUUCCAUUCUUGAGUUCGUUGAGUCAGUUUGUGUUAUUCUGCCAAAAAUCGUCUUUAUCACCUCUUUCUAGAUAAAUUAUGCUGACUAUUGUAGGUGCAUUUCAGUGUGUGGCACUCAAUUCUUUCGAUAUUGAUUGUGAAAUAUCUACUUCCCCCUUCACAUGUAAAGACAAAUUACAUUAUCCUUCAAACGUAACGGAACAUUUAGGCCUCAGCUGGAAUUUAGAGGUUUUAAGCCUAGCAGCAAGAUUUUUAGGCCAUAACUGCAAAGACAAAGAAAAUAUAAACAUGAAAUUUUUGCGCAGGAAUUGAUACUGCAAUAUUUUAGAAGGCAUUUCAAAGAUUUUCUACUUUACCUUUCUAAAAAUUUAUCAAGUGUUGUUUUGCAAAAGUCAAAUCAGUGAUGAAAAGAGAGCAAAAGCAUUUUGUAAAAGUAUUUCAGGAAAGUUUCAUAUGUCUAUCCUUGGCUGAAUAAAACUUGAUACCUAAUUUUGAUACUGUCAAUCAAGCUACCAAAGGUCUCAGUUUGGAACAAGAACAAUACACGCUUUUAUUUCCAUUACAAUUCAUUCUGUAACCUUAGAAGUGGAUACAUCAAUACCUCGCUUUCUAGGUAGUUCCAUAGAUUUCAUUUCAGUCUAGGAUUUUCAAAGUUAUCGGUUGACUACAGCUGUCACAUGCGAACAAGCAUUUUAAAACAAAUGAAUCACUUAUGGCAGCAGUUGGUCUCACAGGUUGAUAAAGAACUUCCUCUUGACCCUUCACCACAUUCAGCGAUUCAGCAGUAAAUAUAUGGUGGUCUAUGUGGAGAUCCAAAGAAUUCCUAUUCUGUCUAGAUAUGAUGUAGGCUUUCAAAGGAAUCGCUACUCCUUUUUCUGCUGUAAAUGCGUGUUCUGAUCUCCAGAUCAAGACACGGCUUGAUUCCUAGAGUAAACUGGAUUUAUCAGCGAACAUCUUUAGCUCCAUCAUUAUCUCCUUCGUGUGACAUGUUUUAUUGCUCACGUAUUUGAGUUAUCUUGAGCAAAUGAGUCAAUGUAGCAUGGACUAUCUGGUAAACAUUCUUUCUUCGCAAAAUCAUCUUCUCAUAAAUGAAGGUUCAUAAUUCUCAUAUUUAAAAUGUUUUUUUAUUAUUAUUAUAUCUGUAAACUGAAUAGCAGUAAGCUGAGACCUAACUGCACUCCUUAUUCUUUGGAUGGAAAAGGCCAAAGAAAAAAAAAACGUGCACAGAAGGUGUUAUAACCAUGUGAUGAUUUGAUACUGCUCUUCUUGAAACUAUAGAUUCGUUAAAGAACUGAUUUUGGAUUCUAUUGCUGAUAUUGGGACUAAUAUUUAAUCGAUCUGACGUUUCAGCCGAUAACAGGUCUAUUUAGAUGCACUUACUUGCUCACCAUCUUAGUAAAUAAUGUACAUAAUCUUAUAGAUAUAGUUGCAUAUUUAUAUGAAAAGGGUUUGAUAAAUAUAUUUAUGCCAGAAAGUUGUUUAAUAAGUAUGUGUAGGUAAGAAGAAAGUUUAAUAAUCAUGUUUAUGUAAUAAAAUGUGUAAUAACUGUGUUAAAUGUACAAAUAAAUAUUUUUAUAUAAA